CAACGCUCGGAGAGUUUUUGGAUACACUUGCGAUGGCUGCCGUGGCGAACGGAUGCCAUGCCAGAUGUUGGGAGCGACGAAAGGGGAGUGGGAGGAGAGGGUGGAACUGGCUGCCAGCUUCCUCACGCACCCUACAGCUCGGCGGAGCGAGUGGGCAGUGCAGAAGCAGUUCCUGCUUGCGAAGGGCUUCAGCGAGGACGAGGUGCAGGAGGCCCACCUGUUGCACCUCACCGGCCGCGCGCCGCAGUGGCCUUUGACACCCAAAGCGGUGGACUGGCCCUUAGCGGAGCCGGCGCCCCUGCAGGCUGAAUCUGGUGAAGCGCUGGAAGGCGAGCAGUCUAGCAGCACUAGCAGCAGCUCCAGCUCCAGUGACAGCUCCAGCUCGGAUGACGCCGAAGGCGACGAUGAAGACGAAGAAGACGAAGGUGCAGCUGCUGUGGAGGACAUUGAAGACAUGGACGAGACUAUGCCUAUUUGGGCUUUGCGAGCACCUCCGCCUACCGCACAGGGUGAGGACCCUGACAAUCUGACCAUAGCGUCUUUGCGAACACCUCCACCUGCACAACGUGAGGACGUUGAACACAUUGACGACAAUAUGCCUGUCUGGGCUUUGCAACGUGCUCGCAAAGCACCGCCACCUGCAGCACAGCAUGGCCCAAAGGACCCUGACAAUCUGCCCAUAGCAUCUUUGCGAGCACCUCCACCUGCUGCAGCACAGCGGAAGGAGAGGCCACAGGACAUCUCGUCAAGCUCCUCAACUUCCUCUUCCUCUUCCUCAACGGCAGGAGGUGAAGCUGAAGCGCCGCCCGCGGCCGCGGGAACCGCGGGGACGCCGCGAGGGACCGGAGAAGGUGGCUUGGCGCCGGUCGCGGCGGCCCGAACGGCCAAGCCCGUGGCUGUGGCGCCGGAGAGGGACACACAAGGUGUCCUCUUCCGCAGUGAUGCGGAACUAUGGCCACCGGAGAUGGAGGCGAAGCCGCUGCUGCGGUCUCAGAGGAGGAAAUUGAGGCGGGUGACGCGGGAGGUGAGGAAGAGCUACCAGGAGUGCCAAGAGGACAUGAAAGAGCUGAAGGGCCGCAUCUCUGGCUAUCGCCGUGCUUGCACAGGCAAGUCGGAGCUCUCCGAUGCCUUAACCACUCUGGAGGGCGAAGCCCGCCGCCUGGAGACUUGCUGGCGGGAACUGGUUGCGGACACCAUCUCCCAGUGGAGCCUGGCUCCCCGCGCCACCUCGGCCACUCUGCACGGUGUGCGACCACAGGUGGUGCGCGGCCAGCGGUGGUAUGCCGCAUGUGUGGAGGGCGCGGGACGGCGGAUCUUGGGGCCCCUGCGGCCGAAGGCGCAGGACGCCGUGGAGGAUCACUUGAAGAUGUCCAGCGGUCCCCCAAACACCGCGGCCGCCGCCGCGCCACCGCCGCGCGCGGCCGACAGAUCCGUCGCGGAGGACGCGGAUCCGUCCGCAGGUGAGAAGAAGCAGGCACCUCCCGUCCGCAAGCGCUUGCGCUUGGCCCGCCACGUGGACCUCACCUGAUGCGCGCGGGCCGAUGACCUCACCAGCGCAUCGGCCCAGGGGGCAGAAAAGGGUGCUGCGUCUGGGGUCUGGGGAGGUGACUGUUUGAUGGCGGACGUUUUGCAGGGACGGG